AUGGCAACUGUCACUACCACCCGCCAGCCAACGACACGCCGCAAGAAGGACCAGCGCAGCGACAUCUGGUCCAACCUCCUCCGCCAGACACGCGAAGCCCAGGCACGAUCGCGGACACAGGCAGUCCAGCACCGAGAACUCAUCGUAUGUGGUGCCUCGCCGGAUGACCAGCGUCAACUCUUGCAGGCCAUCACACGUCCACCACCUCCACAGCCGCCAUCACGAGGCAACGAACGACGCCAGCAGAGACCUAGGGGUGACUUGCGCUUGAGCAACAAGUACGCAUAUGGCUACGGACAUGUCACCCUGUACUCUCCACCGCAGCAGAGUGGGAGCGGUAUUGCUGCACUGGGCUCGGAUGCUGAGGAGGUGGCUAGGAUUGAGCUGCACACCAUUCCAGAGGCCAAGGACGAGUAUGUCGCAACACUACGAGGACUGCUGCAGAAGCCGCGCGAGGCGCCAAAUGAUCAUGUAGAAGACCAAGAAGCAGGGUCGCAUGUACCUCAGAAGCCCAGCGUGUGCCUGCUGCUGAGCUGGAGAGAGCCAUGGAAGUUCUUGGAGCAGCUGAGGCGGUGGAUCCAGGUGCUGGCCAAGGCACUUUUGCCUGAGGGACAGAAGGCAACGGAUCCCAUGGAUGUCGUCAAAGACGCCGACAUCUUCAUCUCAGUUGUCGUCCAGCACACAGAGGCCCAGGAAGACCUGCUGAAGGAAGGCUACAAGGAAGACGACUUCGACUACAUCUCGCAGUGCCUUCGCAGUGCCAUUCUGCCGCUUCACCCACUCAGCGCUUUGGUGUACACCAACACCAACACGCCUCCGCAGCAGCCUGGAAGUGCCCUGAGCGAGCCUCAGAAAGUGCUGUGUACUUCACUCAAUCUGGACUUGGUUGCUCUGAGUCCAAAACAGCAACGGUCGGGAGACACUCCGCAGAAGCAAGAGCUGGGACCCAGGCAUGAUUUCAUGGACCGCAUGGCCAUCGUUAUCCCUGCAGGCUGGGACAGCAUAGCUUUUAUCAGAACAUUGAGCGAGACCUUCUCCCCGGAAGACGUGCUUCAUGGCUGGUACACAGAUCUGCAGCCCAGUCCGGACCCGACACCACAGCCCAGCCGAAAGCAUUCGGACGAUGCUAAAGCGGAAGGUCAAGACUCUGCUCAGUCGAAUGGCGGGGCAGAAGUCUACGAGUCUUCGCCUGUUGACGGCGACGACGAUGAGCUCGCAGAAACACCACUCUCCCCCUCCAAGGCUCCGCAGUCGGCUGUCAAGAAAUAUGAGAGUCGCAUCCUCGAUCCGCAGGCGCACAAGCAGCAGCCACCGCCACGUAUCGAAGUUACCACGAAGCCAGACCAAGAGUUCCUGGCUGAGAUGCGUCAACAUCUACAACAGCUGGAACUAAAGGAUCAAGAACGUGAUAACAAUGGCCGCUCAGCCGGCGUUUCGAACACUGGCCAUUCGACCGGUCGUAACAUUGGCAUGCCUUCUGGUGAGCAGACUGGCGCCUUGAACGAGCUCGGUGACGUUUCCUUCAACGUGGGAGGUGUGAGCUACGAUACCAUCAGCGCUGAGGCAGCCAUUGAGCGACUGAAGCGGCCCGCUCAGACAUUGGGUAGUCCAAUUUCAACUAUACCGAGGACCGGUACCCCCAAGCCGCCUCGAACCAACAGAGAGACAAGCGACGAUGUGCGAGGCUCGGAGACGUUCACGCCUGUCGGCCGUGCACGAGACACAUCUAGCGCCAAGUCGCCUGACUUCGAUCCGAAUAAGCUUAAUGACUUCUUCAAUAGUCUGGCGAAGAAGGCUGGAGGAGGCGCAGGCACCAGGGACAACACUCCAAGCAAGACAGGAUGA